AUGUUGGGGAGAGGUCUGCAGCAGAUGCUGCUUAGUUGGCUUCUUUUGUCUGUGACGCCCAGCGAAGCAGUUUCUAGAUGUGUGGACCAGGCCUGUAGCCCAUCCAUAGGGAACCUGGCUGGUGGCAGGAUGCUUCGAACCCUGUCCAGCUGCUGUGGUACCAGCCCACUCCACCUACGCUUGUGUUCACAUUCUUCUGAAAAAACCCCGUUUUGCCAAGAGGACACUCAUCCACCUGCUCUCAUGACUGACGACCCAUUUUUGAAUCCAGAUACCUGGUGGGCAUCGCAAAGAGGCAACAUCCUGCAAGAUGAAAUACGACUAGACCUGGAAACAAAGUUUUGUCUGUCCCAUGUAGUUUUAGUGUUUAGGUCACCCAGACCUGCUGCCAUGAUUAUUGAGCGUUCAGCUGACUUUGGACAGACCUGGGAGUCUCUCAAGGUUUUUGCGCACAACUGCAGCACAGAAUUUGAUUUGGCUGAUGAUUUAGACGAGCCGGGCUCACUUUGCACGUCACGUUACUCCAGUGCUCAACCCUGCAGUGGUGGAGAGGUAAUUUUACGAACUCUAGACCCCAGAAAUGCUAAACACCUAGACCCCUACAGUCCAGAGGCCCUCGUUCGCAUGACCAUCACAAACCUCCGCAUCAGACUACUGAAAGCUCAGACUUGUCCUACAACCCUGAACCCCACAGACACAGCUCAGACCCUCACAUCUGUAUCAGAAAGCCCACCCUCAGCGCCAUUUGCUGUUUUCACAUUACAAACAAGAGGGACCUGCCUGUGCCACGGACAUGCUGAAUAUUGUGUACCAUACGAGAGAAGUCCAAACAAAACACAAGACAGUAAUAUGGUGUUUGGGAAGUGUCUCUGCAUGCACCACACAGAAGGAGAUCACUGUGAGAAGUGUGCCCCGCUUUAUAACGAUCGCCCCUGGAGGCCUGCCAAUGGUAGCAGCGGUGACCCCAACCCAUGUCGGAACGUUACAGAACCUCAGCCUACACAGGAGGAAGAGGCAGUUCUGACCCGUCUGGCACCAGUCUCUGUGGUCCAGAUCGUGUCCGCUCCUAACACCUGCUGCAAAAGCUGA